AUGAAAAUCGAAUACAAGGGUGAAUAUUACGAGAUCAAGUCCUCUGAGGCAGACUGCUUCUCAGUGACCGGUAAGAAUGGAGAACUCGGUUUACUGGCGUCAGGGAAACCAAAUACCUGGAGAUUGAGUCCCGUGAAUCCCUCUUUAAAUGCAGAUGAGAAUGUAUUCCUCGCUUUAUAUGCCUUUUUUACUUUGUAUCACUCUUACUCUAAUGAAGUUUAUAUUGCUGCAGAUGAAAACUUGAUUCGCAAUGUAACACUACCCGUUGAAAUUAAUAAGGAGAAUUUAUCCCUAAGUGCUGAUAGAACCACCUUCUGGCAAAUAAAGGAACCGUGGUUAGUUAACAGUUCACCAGAAUGGCCCUUAUCAUAUCUCCGUAAUCAAGUAAUACGCCGUCCUCCUGCUCCAGCACCAGGAACUGUUUUAUAUCGUCGAUGGAUCCCUUCUCUGGAAGAGACAAUUUCGUUUGUCGCCUUUGACAUUAGCAAGCACAUUCCUCUCUUCCAUGAAUGGCAAAACAAUCCCCGCGUAAACUACUUCUGGUCGGAGGCCGGCACUAUGGAUGCGCAUAUACAGUACAUUCAGAAGAUGCAAAACGAUCCUCACUGCUAUUCUGUUAUUGGAUAUUUUAAUGACCAACCCUUCGGUUACUUUGAGAUAUAUUGGGUUCCGGAGGAUCGUUUGGCGCCUUUUGCACAACCUCUGCACGCUCACGAUCGUGGCUUUCAUGCUCUUGUGGGCAAUGAGAAACUCCGGGGUCCCCACAGAGUGCCCGUCUGGAUUUCAAGCAUCACACACAUGCUAUUUUUAAUGGAUUGUCGCACCCAGCGUGUGUUGUUAGAGCCUCGCAUCGACAAUCAUAAAUUCAUCCAGUACCUCACUCGCGAGAACUAUGCUAAACGCCUGGAGUUCAAUUUUCCUCAUAAGAGAGCGGCUAUGAUGGAGAUUACCCGUACAAUGUUUUUUACCUGCAUUGGUCCUCGUGUGCAGACUGAAAACUAG